ACACAGUGUGGAUUAAAAACUUUAACGUAAUAAGGGUGAAUGUAAAUGUUGGCAGUACACUGCAUAUCCUUUUUCCACCGCAUAUUUGAAAAUUUGAGACUUGAUAAAAGCUCAAUUGAAAGAAAUACAACGAUCAAAUUAUAAGGUCAAACAAACAUGUCAAUCUCGCUUGGAAGGAAAAAACCCCAAAGAAAAAGUGAUACCAAAGAGAACUCAAAGUUUCUAAUGAUAUACAAAAAAUGUAGCUGCCAUAUAGUUGAAGGAAGAUUUGCCAAGAAAAACACUGCAAUCCCAGCUAAUCCAACAAUCAAGAACCUCAGUGCUGUGGCAAUAUGACAAAUAGUUGAUCCCAAGAUCACUAGCAAGGAAAUGCCUCCUUUAACCAAGACUAACAAGUAGUUGAACCCGUACACUUGUUCAUUGCAUUUCUAUAACUGAACUUCAUAAAGUCUACUCUUCCCAAAUAUGUGACGGCAAAGAAUAUCAAGUACACUCCCAUAACAUACAACCAUCCCUCUCACAAUAAAGUUUUCAAUUCACCUUGUGGAUACCAGUAGGUUAUUCUAAAAAGUUACGAUCACUUGAGUGGUUAUAUCAUCUCUCAAACUUAGAUUUUUAAAUCUGAGUUAAACCAUGUAAUGACAUUAAUUGCCUUGCAUAACCUCACUAACUUGUGUCAAGUGUGUGUCAAGUGUAAACUAAAUACAAAAUAAAUUUCGAUUCCACUUUAAGUGUAAACUAAAUACAAAAUAAAUUUCGAUUCCACUUUAAGUCAAAUCAUACAGUUAAUGAUGAACAAAUAUAAAAACAACAAAAAUGAAAGAACGAAAAAGGAAAAAAGAUAUUAAGUAGAGGCUCUGGACUAAAAGAUCCCUUGGCUCCAUAUAUUGCUCUCUCUGCAAGCAAGGUAAAUCAUGCAAAUA